CAACACCUGCCGAUUUCUCCAGGGAAACUCAGCGCCCCCCAUGGACAGACUUCGUCUCUUACACUUCCUCUGGAUCUUCUCAGCUGCCCCAGUAUUGGCAGGUUACCCCAUUUGGUGGUCCUUAGCACUUGGACAACAGUACAGCACCCUUGGGUCCCAGCCAAUCCUCUGUGGAUCUAUACCAGGUCUUGUCCCAAAACAGAUGCGGUUCUGCCGGAACUACAUUGAGAUCAUGCCCAGUGUAGCAGAGGGGAUAAAGCUGGGAAUUCAAGAAUGUCAGCACCAGUUUAGAGGGCGCCGCUGGAACUGCACCACCAUUCAUGACAGCUUGGCCAUCUUUGGACCAGUACUGGAUAAAGCCACUCGUGAAUCUGCGUUUGUCCACGCCAUUGCCUCUGCCGGAGUUGCCUUUGCCGUGACUCAUUCUUGUGCUGAAGGCAGCUCCACAAUCUGUGGCUGUGACUCUCACCACAAAGGCUCCCCUGGAGAUGGUUGGAAAUGGGGUGGCUGCAGCGAGGAUGCAGACUUUGGAGUUCUGGUGUCCCGUGAAUUUGCAGAUGCCCAAGAGAACAGGCCAGACGCCAGAUCAGCCAUAAACCGACACAACAAUGAGGCUGGAAGAGCGACCAUUCUUGACCACAUGCACCUUCGAUGUAAGUGCCAUGGUCUCUCUGGCAGCUGUGAGGUUAAAACCUGCUGGUGGUCCCAACCUGACUUUCGUGCUAUUGGGGAUCACCUAAAGGAUAAGUAUGACAGUGCCUCCGAGAUGUCAGUGGAGAAGCACCGGGAAUCACGAGGUUGGGUUGAAACACUGAGGGCCAAAUACUCGCUCUUUAAACCUCCCACAGAGAGGGACCUUGUGUACUAUGAGACUUCCCCCAACUUUUGUGAGCCCAAUCCAGAGACUGGAUCUUUUGGGACCCAGGGCCGUUCCUGCAACGUGACGUCCCAUGGCAUAGAUGGAUGUGACCUCCUGUGCUGUGGAAGGGGCCACAACACGCGCACAGAGAAACGCAAGGAGAAGUGUCACUGCAUUUUCCACUGGUGCUGUUAUGUGAGUUGCCAGGAAUGUGUGCGCAUUUAUGACGUCCACACCUGCAAGUGAAACAAAGGUACUAAAGCUGCAGCUUGCCAAUAGGUCUGUUCUAUAUCCACAACAGAGCAGCAAUGGGCCCAAUCAUAUAUUGUACUUCUUUAUUCCAAGAG